GGCGGCUGAGUUKAAUGGUUUUUGUGUUGUUUUGUARACUGGAAAGAUACCUUYUUACUCUAAAUACUGUAUAUAUAUAUUAACUAAACAACAUGUAUGCACUAUACAAGCAAACUCAUCCGCCAUCAGGCGUCGAACACUGYGURUACUGUAAUUUCUAUUCACCUAAAGAAUGYAACUUAGUUGUUGUCGGCACAACUCAGCUGAGAGUAUACAGACUUAAUACACAAAAAGAGAAACCUUCGGAUGAUGAUGAUCCUUCAGAUGCUCCAUCAAAGAAAAAGAAGUUGGAGCUUGUUGGUCAGUAUUCUUUGUUUGGUAAUAUUGAGACCUUGCAAGCAGUACGUCUGAUGGGAAACUCAAGAGAUUCGUUGCUGCUUAGUUUUAAGGCUGCAAAGUUGGCAAUCAUUGAUUAUGAUCCUGCAACACAUGAUAUUAAAACUAGAAGUCUCCACUUCUUUGAAGAUGAAAAAAUCAAGGUAGGAAACAUUGUACAAGACAGAUCCCCAAUUGUAAGAAUAGACCCAGAGCGACGCUGUGCAGUGAUGCUUAUUUAUGGGUCAGAGUUGGUUGUAUUGCCAUUCAGACAGGAAGGUGCAUUAGAUGAACAUGAACUUGAUGCUGCAAGUUUGGGAAGUGAACGUUCACCUGUUCUUCCAAGCUACAUCAUCAAUACAAAAGACUUGGAUGAGAAAACUUGUAAUAUUGUKGAUUUACAGUUUUUACAUGGUUACUAUGAACCUACCUUACUAAUUCUCUAUGAACCAAUCAAGACAUGGGCAGGGCGUCUUGCAAUGAGAAGAGACACCUGUGCAUUGGUCGCAGUGUCACUAAACAUGUCAGAGAGAGUUCAUCCUGUGAUAUGGCAGCUUAGUAGUCUACCGUAUGAUUCUUACAGUGUUUUGGCCGUUCCUAAACCCAUUGGUGGAGUUUUGGUAUUCAGUACAAAUGCUCUUCUUUACUUGAACCAGAGUGUACCACCAUACGGAGUGUCUUUAAAYAGUAUCUCAGAAAACAGCACAUCAUUUCCAUUAAAACAACAAGAAGGAGUCAUYAUCAGCUUAGAGGAUGCUAAUGCCAUUUUCAUCUCCAAYGACAAGUUUGUGGUUUCUCUCAAAGGAGGGGAAAUUUAUGUGGUAACGUUAGUAGCUGAUGGUGUAAGAAGUGUUAGAAAUUUCAUCUUUGACAAAGCAGCAGCAAGUGUUUUAACCUCUUGUAUUUGUGAGUGUGGGGAUGGAUAUUUAUUCCUUGGUUCAAGACUGGGUAAUUCUCUUCUAGUGAAAUAUACUGAGAAGCCUCAGGAUCAUGGAGAUCUGUUUUCGCCAGGGGUUGAUCCACCAAAUGCCAAGCGUCGUAGAAUUGAUAGUGACUUCACCUAUACAAUAGAUGACAUGGAUGAGGUUGAUGUGUAUGGUCAUGAUGAGGACACCGGCGUUGAAUUAACAUCAUAUACAUUUGAGGUGUGCGAUAGUCUGUUGAACAUUGGACCUUGUACUUGCCUUGAUAUGGGAGAACCUGGCUUUCUGUCUGAAGAGUUUUCUGAAACUGAAGAUCCUGAUGUUGAGCUUGUAUCUUGUUCUGGUUAUGGUAAAAAUGGUGCUCUCACUGUCUUACAGCGAACUGUCAGGCCACAAGUUGUGACAACAUUUGAGUUGCCUGGUUGUACUGAUAUGUGGACUGUUUUGUCUCAGGAUAAGGAAAACAAUUCACCAGAAGAAUCAAAGUUCCAUUCAUUCCUAAUCCUAAGUCGACAAGAUUCCAGUAUGGUUUUAAAGACUGAACAAGAAAUCAUGGAACUUGACAAUUCAGGGUUUACAACUCAGCAUUCUACAAUAUAUGCUGGUAACCUUGGUAAUGGCAGCCAUAUCUUGCAGGUUACACCACAGGGAAUCCGCCUUCUUGAAGGAGCCAACCAAGUGCAGCAUAUUCCGAUGGAUUCAGGUUUAUCAUCCAUUGUGUGGUGUUCCAUAGCAGACCCUUAUGCCAUAUUAAUGACARCAGAUGGUUCUGUUAUCUUCCUGGAAUUCAUAAAGGAUGAUAACGGACCAACACUAUCUGUCACCAGACCUUCAAUCAAGCAGGGUUCUAAGAUUUGUGCUUGCUGUACCUACAAAGACCUGAGCGGACUCUUGACAACUGAAAAGYCAGAUACGGAAGAAAGCAAUGUACCAUCACCACCACCACAACCUGCUCCUAAAUUAAAAGAGGAAAUCGAUGAUGAAGAUGAGCUGCUAUAUGGYGACUCAUCAUUGCCUUUUGCUGUGGAUACAAAAGAAACUACCAAACCAUCAAARGCAAAUGAACCAGUACCUGAAGUAAAAGAAGAACCAGUCAAGACCACAUAYUGGUGUGUCCUGUGYAGACAGAAUGGAGUCAUUGAGGUCUAUUCCUUGCCAGACUUUAAAUUAGUUUUCUUUGUGAGAAACUUUAACAUGGCACCAAGAGUACUUGUCGACAGCCAUGAUUCAAGCACAGGAACUAGUUCCCAAGAUGAUGAAUCCACUAUGAUCAAAGAAGUACUGCUGACUGGUUUAGGCUACAAGAAAAGACGGGUGACUCUUGUAGCCAUUGUAGACCAGGACCUACUUAUAUAUGAAGCUUUUCCAUUCACUGAAACAGCUCUUGAAGGACAUCUUAAUAUGCGCUUCAGAAAGGUGCAACACACUGUUUUGAUCAGGGAAAGGAAAGCAAAAUCGUCUAAAGAAAAGUCUAGCGAUCCUGAAGUGAAGACCAAAGUUGCCAAUCUUAGGGUAUUUGAAGAUGUAUCCUCUUAUUCUGGGGUCUUUGUUUGCGGCAGUUUUCCACACUGGAUAUUUGUAACCAAUCGCGGAGCGUUUAGAUGUCACCCAAUGAGCAUUGAYGGCCCAGUCACGUGUUUUGCAGCUUUUCACAACGUCAACUGCCCCAAAGGCUUUCUCUACUUUAACACUAGGGGUGAGUUGCGUAUUUCUGUUCUACCGACUCAUCUUAGCUAUGACUCUCCGUGGCCCGUUCGUAAAGUCCCUUUGAGAUGUACUCCACAUUCUGUAUCAUACAAUAGAGAAAGUAAGACAUACGCUAUAGUUACAAGUGAACAAGARCCGUGUAAACAUAUCCCAAGGGCAACAGCAGAAGACAAAGAAUUUAUCGAUACCGUCAGAGAUUCUAGAUUUAUUUAUCCUUCGAUGGAAAAGUUCGCCAUUCAGCUCAUGUCUCCACUCAGCUGGGAGAUCAUCCCUAAUACCCGGUACGAUCUYGAUGAGUGGGAACAUGUGACAACCAUGAAGAACUUGAUGCUUCGAAGUCAAGAGACCCACACUGGACGMAAAGGKUUCGUUUGUCUUGGUACGACCAUGAUGAUUGGAGAAGAGUUUGCUAGCAGGGGGAGGAUAUUAAUAUUCGAUAUCAUAGAGGUCGUACCAGAACCAGGACAACCGCUGACCAAGAAUAAGUUCAAGCUUCUUUAUGAUAAAGAGCAAAAAGGUCCAAUCACCGCYCUUAAUCAAGUCAAUGGCUACCUUGUCAGCGGUAUAGGACAAAAGAUAUACAUAUGGAAUUUUGAGAAUAAYGAUUUGAUUGGAAUGGCGUUUAUCGAUACUCAGUUGUACAUACACUCGCUAGUUACGAUAAGAAACUUUGUCCUGGCUGCAGAUCUUGUCAAGAGCAUCAGUUUACUUCGACUACAGGAGGAAACAAAAACGUUAGCGUUUGUGAGCAAGGACCCUCAUGCCCUCGAGGUUUAUGGGACSGAAUUCUUCAUUGACGGAACUCAGCUCGAAAAGUAAUGUUUGUCAUGUCCCAUGAUUCCGUCGUUCCCCGUGCAUUUAUUAUGUGUAACGGUUGACCUAUACUGUAAAAAUAAAAAAAAUAUGCUUUUGAUAUUUACGUUUUAAUUCAGCAUCUGUUUAGAAAGCAAUUGCUUAAAGCAAAAUAUUGAUAUCGAUAACCCUCAUCUUACAUCAUAACCUUUUCAAGUGUAAAUCUGAUAAGUACAGGACUUG